GGCGGCGGCGCUGAGGAGGCGACUGAGGCCGGUCGGGGCGGACGGCGACGCAGCCCGAGGCAGAAGUUGUCCCUCGGUAUCGAGGGGGCUUGAUUCCAGGACCCCGCAGAUACCAAAAUCCUGCGGAUGCUCAAGUCCCCUAUAUAUAAUGGCGAAGAUCAAUGCAUACAGUCGGCCCUCCGCAUCCAUGGACUCCCAACCCGGGAUGGAAAACAGUACAGUUUGUGAUUGGUGCAAUGGAAGAAGCUGGAAUGUGCGGGUUAGGGGUGAAAGCAGAUGUGUUGUGUACUUCUCAAUCAAACGAUAUUCUUCAACAUCAAGACUCAAAUUGUGGUGGAACAAGUAACAAGCAUUCCCUGGAAGAGGCUGAAGGCAGUGACUUUAUAACAAAAAACAGAAGUUUGGUGAACCCAGCCUACUGUACACAAGAGCCAAGAGAGGAAAUUCCUGGGCAAGAAGCUAGAACAGAUCCCCCUGAUGGUCAGCAAGAUUCAGAGUGCAACAGGAACAAAGAAAAAACCUUAGGUAAAGAAGUUUUAUUAUUGAUGCAAGCCCUAAACACCCUUUCAACUCCAGAAGAGAAGCUGGCAGCUCUCUGUAAGAAAUAUGCUGAUCUUCUGGAGGAGAGCAGGAAUGUUCAGAAGCAAAUGAAGAUUCUGCAGAAGAAGCAAGCCCAGAUCGUGAAAGAGAAAGUUCACUUGCAGAGUGAGCACAGUAAGGCUAUCUUGGCAAGAAGCAAACUAGAGUCUCUCUGCAGGGAACUUCAGCGUCACAAUAAGACGUUAAAGGAAGAAAAUGUGCAGCAGGCCCGAGAGGAGGAAGAAAGACGGAAAGAAGCAACCGCACACUUCCAAAUUACUUUAAAUGAAAUCCAGGCACAGCUGGAACAGCAUGACAUACACAAUGCCAGACUCCGCCAGGAGAACAUUGAAUUGGGAGAGAAGCUGAAGAAGCUCAUCGAACAGUACUCGAUGAGGGAGGAGCAUAUUGAUAAAGUGUUCAAACAUAAGGAAGUACAACAACAGCUUGUGGAUGUCAAGCUUCACCAGACCUCACAGCUGAUAAAGGAAGCUGAUGAAAAACAUCAGAGAGAGAGAGAGUUUUUGUUAAAGGAAGCAACAGAAUCGAGGCACAAAUAUGAACAAAUGAGACAGCAAGAAGUACAACUAAAACAGCAGCUUUCUCUUUAUAUGGAUAAGUUUGAAGAAUUCCAGACUACCAUGGCAAAAAGCAACGAACUGUUUACAACCUUCCGGCAGGAAAUGGAAAAGAUGACAAAGAAAAUAAAAAAACUGGAAAAAGAAACAAUAUUAUGGCGUACCAAGUGGGAAAACAAUAACAAAGCGCUUCUGCAGAUGGCUGAAGAGGUGAGGUGGUUUCCCGUGACUAAGAAAACUGUCCGCGAUAAAGAGUACAAGGCCUUUCAAAUAAAACUGGAACGGUUAGAGAAGCUGUGCAGGGCUCUUCAGACGGAGAGGAAUGAGCUCAACGAGAAGGUGGAAGUCCUAAAGGAGCAGGUCUCGGGGAAAGUGGCAGGUGCAAAACUAGCACCGCGUGUGACACAGCCCUGUGCAGCCCUGGCUUCUCCUAAGGAGCUGAACACUGCCUGGAACAGCGGUGCUAGAGUCCCCAUGGUGGCCGUGCCCAAGGCAGCCAAGGAGAAGCCAGCCACACACAGGGCCGCGUCCCUAGGCACCGGGCCAACCAUCGAGUCAGUAGACUGAGAUGAAGUGCGAUCACUGUAUCGAGAGCUCUAUUUUGUGUAUAACUUUCUCUGUUAGUAGUAACUAUUGGUUUUGUGGUGAAAAUUUUCUUACUUUUUCUACCAUAUCUGUAUUUUCUUAGAACUACUGGACUUAGGUGGUACAGGAGGCUGCUUAGCAGUUUUGAAUAGUUUUUCCUCAGCUGUGUGGCACAUCUGCUUCGUUUCCCUUCAUUGGAAUGCAUGUGGUCAUUUGCCUUGUCCUUUCUUCACUGCUCCUUGCACAAAAUCAUACUAAUUAAAAUUUCACUCAAGACAGGGCCGACCAUUCAUUACAAGAGAAGUUGGUUCUGAUAAUGGUUCCUUGAUGUGAAAACAAUAAUUCAUUUAAACAUCCUGGCCCCCCAUCAAUAUUAAUUUUAAAAAAAUCAAGAUGAUUAGUUCUGUUUAAUAACCCAUUUAAAUGCCAAGUAAAAAACCCCUCUAGGGUUGGGACAGAAACAAACAGCAUAUUUAACUCAAAAUAGUUUUUUGAUAAUAUAUCACUCGACAAACUGAGGUGGUCAUAGCCUCAAAUUCCUCCAAGUUUUGGCAGACUAUUGUAUCAUGUAAACAAUGCAGUAUAUGCAGGCAAAUAAUUGGACAAACACGCUUAAUGUUUAUGUAACAGUCAUACUGCUUCAGUUUCAGGUUAGUUAGAACCAGUGGUGAAUUUGGACCACCCAGAAGCUUAUUAUGGGGUAGGUGGUUUGUUUUCCAUUUGGGUACACAUCUUCCACUUCCCACAGAAAGCAGCUACUGAUAGCCCUUUAAGACAAUGAGGGUAAAUUAAUGUGCAGCUUUCACCAAGCAGAAGUCCCUCCACUACCUCUGGCUAUUUGAAAUUGGUGUUCGACUUUUAAAACAGUCCUAUCAGCCAAGUUCUCCAUUCAACUGAAACAGAUUUCAUUUCAUUUCCAAAACAGAGAGACUGGAAAUAACAUUUUUAACUUUGGGAAAACUUAGCACAGUUUAAUCAGGAUGUAUCACGAAUGCUUUCCAUUUGUUUCUCACCCUUUUCUUACUGUUUUUAUUUUAAAAGAAAAACAGUAUUAUCAAUGUCUCUACACUUGGAAUGGGGGGACUUUUGAAAUUAAGCACAUCAUCAUUCUUUACAGUGUCAAAUGUAGUAAAUGAUUACUUAGCUACAGUUAUUAAAGUUUUGAUUUUUGUCCCUAGUAUAAUUUGCAUUGAAAUAUAUAAAAAGGCUCCGGUAGAACUAAUGUUAGCACAUUCCACUGAGCAAAGCUACCAAACUGACACUUCUUAAAUUGCUUACUGGACUGAAUAAACUCUUUAACAUUUUAUUUGUAAAAUCCUGUCACAUUCAUGGUCUAUACCAGGGGUCCUCAAACUUUUUAAACAGGGGCCCGUUCACUGUCCCUCAGACCGUUGGAGGGCCAGACUAUAGUUUAAAAAAAACUAUGAACAAAUUCCUAUGCACACUGCACAUAUCUUAUUUUGAAGUAAAAAAACAAAACGGCAAAAACACCCCCAUGUGGCCCACGGGCCGUAGUUUGAGGACGCCUGGUCUAAACUGUAUUGAAAGAAUUGAAAAUUGUCCAGUAGAUAGGAAACGGCACCUGGAGUGGAGGAUUAUAUCUAAGCUUCCACCAUCGGUCAUAUUAAUCAAGGGGCCAGAUGGUGGAGGAAAAGAAAUCCACAAAGUAGGUUAUCUAAUCACUGUCAAAAUGAGUUGGAAACAAACAAUCAUCCCCUCCCUCAAACAGCCUCUUAUAAAUAAAUACCCCUCCCUGCCCUCUGCUUCUAAAUGAAAUAUUGGACUCAUUUCCCAGAGGAAAUGAAGGUAUGUAUAUCAGAAAUAUCUACUUUAAAAUUAGUACUAAUCACAUUUCACAAGAAUUCUGCUGGAUGUACAGCUCUUAAUGUUUUAAGCCAUUUGUGUAGCCCACCACGUCUCAUUGUGGUGUUUGUGUGGAAGACUGUAAAUCUUUGGAUCUGUUGCCUAUUUUCAAGGGCUUUAUAAAGCAAUGUGAUUAACAGUACUUGGCCUGCUGCUUUUGGCUUACUAUGUAUUUUUAGCUAGAUGCUACCAUGGUGUUUAAAGGAUAUAGAUUCUGUCUUGGAUGCAUUUGAUGUCCUUUCAGAAUCUGUCCUCCCAUUAUCCUGUGAAUAAAAACAUAUGGGACCCUGAGAAGGACACUCUCCUAAAGCAGUCACCUCACCAGCCCAGUGUUGUGGCUUUGUAGCACGCUGUUGUACCUAAUAUAUUCUAGAACACUGUACUGCUACUAGGCUGGCCCAGAAAAGAGUUAAAUAAUGUCAAAUUCACUUCAAUUGCAUUUGUUGCACCACCGGAAUCUUGUGUAUUUCUAGUGGCAGUAGAGAAAACGGACCAUUUCAUCCUGACUUGUAGGAGUAUAUUUCUUGGUCUUAAGACCAGUAUUUUUAGUUAUGUAUGCAACUGCCUUUCUUAUAAACACCUGGUUAUCACAAUUCAAUUCUCAGGUGUUGCAGAAAAAUCUACCUCUUUCAGACUGUAGAUGGAAAUAACUGUGAAAAAAUGCAGAUAUCUUCUAGUUUGUGCUAAACACACCGCUUUAUUUUUACAGCCCACGUCUUUCAUGAGGAUACGAAUUGUUGAGGCAGUCUUGUUUUGCUUUUCAAAGACAUUUUGUAGAGAUUUUUCACUAAUGUGAAUCUGAUUUUAUCUACUCAAUUCUGUAUAGAUUAAGUAAAUAUGUAUGAUAAUUUAA